AUGUCUUACAACGACAACUACGAUCCAAACCAAAACCACCAGGGCUACUACGACCAAGGUUACUACGACCAAGGUGCGUACGACCAACAAGGUGUGCCUCCGCAAGGCCAGCCAGGCCAACCGGGCCAACCGGGCCAGCAACCCCAAGGCGGUUACUACGAACCCCAAGACGGCUACUACGACGAGUCGCAACAAAACCAGGGCUACGACCAGUACAACAAUGAGGGCUACUACCCGCAGGGCGGCAACGCCGGCUACGACCAGUACUCCACCGACGUGAACCAACAGAACGCAGGUGGCUACUACGACCAGCCAGGCCACAACGACCCAGAGUCCUACUCAGAUUUCAGCUACGGCCCUGGUAACGUCCCCGGCACCCCUUACGAUGGUGCCUACGGCGCAAACUAUACCCCAUCACAAAUGAGUUACGGCGAUCCUCGUUCCUCCGGUGCCUCCACUCCAUACUACGGCGCAGGCAUGUACGACCAGGGCAUGAUCGCUCUUCCUUCAGACCCUUACCCUGCAUGGACUGCAGACAACCAAGCCCCAGUCACGAUAGAACAGAUCGAAGACGUCUUCAUCGACCUAUCCAACAAGUUCGGUUUUCAAAGAGAUUCCAUGAGAAACAUGUUUGACUACUUCAUGGUCCUCUUGGAUUCUAGAUCGUCCAGAAUGACUCCGGCCCAAGCCUUGCUCUCCUUACACGCAGACUACAUCGGAGGUGAUACCGCCAACUACAAGAAGUGGUAUUUUGCCUGCCAGAUGGAUUUGGACGACAGAGUUGGUUUCAGCAAUAUUGAUUUGGGUAAAAUCAAGAAGUCCAAGAAGAAGUCCAAGAAGAGCAUUUUCAAGUUGAAGAAAGGCAAGAAGGGCGAAGAACAACUCCCAGAAGAAGAAAAUCCCGAUCAGAUUUUGUCCGAAAUUGAGGGUGAUAACUCUUUACAAGCCGGCGACUACAGAUGGAAAGCUCAAAUGAACCAAUACACGGCAAUAGAGAGAGUCCAGCAGAUCGCUCUUUGGCUUUUGAUUUGGGGUGAAGCUAACCAAGUCAGAUUCACCUCCGAAUGUCUUUGUUUCAUCUAUAAGUGUGCCUUUGACUACCUCAAAUCGGACGCUUGCCAAAACAGAGUCGACCCUAUCCCUGAAGGUGAUUAUCUUAACAGAGUCAUCACACCCCUUUACCACUAUUUGAGAGAUCAAGUCUAUGAAAUUGUCAACGGUCGUUUUGUCAAACGUGAAAAGGACCACAACAAAGUGGUCGGUUAUGAUGAUGUUAACCAAUUGUUCUGGUACCCUCAAGGUCUUGCCAGAAUGUAUGUUGGUGAAACUAGAUUGAUCGAUUUGCCUCAGGAAGAGAGAUAUUUGCAAUUAGGUGAAAUAGAUUGGACUUCAACAUUUGUGAAAACCUAUAAGGAAGUUAGAACUUGGUUACACGUUAUCACCAACUUCAACCGUAUCUGGGUUUUCCACAUCUCAAUCUACUGGAUGUAUUGUGCAUACAACUCUCCAACCUUGUAUACCCACAACUAUGUCCAAGUGUUAAACAACCAGCCAUUGCCUUCUUCAAGAUGGGCCGCAUGUGCCUUAGGUGGUGCUGUCGCUUCCGGUAUCAACAUUUUAGCAACCCUCUUCGAAUGGAUGUUUGUUCCAAGAUCUUGGCCUGGUGCUCAGCAUCUAUCAAGAAGAUUGUUGUUCCUAUGCAUUUUGUUUGGUGUUAAUAUUGGUCCAAUCAUUUUUGUCUUUGCAUAUGCUGGUUUGGUUACGAAAUCUACUGCUGCUUAUGCUGUCUCCGUCGUUAUGUUCUUCUUUGCUGUCGCCACAGUCUGUUAUUUGACAAUCAUGCCUCUAGGUGGAUUAUUCACCUCUUACAUGAAGGGUAAUUCUAGAAGAUAUCUACCACAGCAGACUUUCACUGCAUCAUUUGCAGGAUUGUCUGGUAUCGAUAGAUACCUAUCCUAUUUGGUCUGGAUUACUGUUUUCGCCGCCAAAUUCUCAGAAUCUUACUACUUUUUGAUUCUUUCUAUCAGAGAUCCAAUUAGAAAUUUGUCUACCAUGGACAUGAGAUGUCAUGGUGAACAAUGGUGGGGUGACAAGCUCUGUAAGCAACAAGCUAAGAUCACCUUGGGUCUGAUGUACGCAACAGAUAUGAUUUUGUUCUUCUUGGACACUUACAUGUGGUACAUUUUGGUCAACACCAUUUUCUCCGUGGGUAGAUCUUUUUACUUGGGUAUCUCCAUUUUAACUCCAUGGAGAAACAUCUUUUCAAGACUGCCUAAGAGAAUUUAUUCGAAGGUCUUAGCUACAACCGAUAUGGAAAUUAAGUAUAAGCCAAAGGUUUUGAUUUCUCAAGUUUGGAAUGCAAUUGUCAUCUCUAUGUACAGAGAACAUUUGUUGGCCAUUGAUCACGUUCAAAAAUUAUUGUACCAUCAAGUUCCUUCUGAAGUCGAAGGUAAGCGUACUUUAAGAGCACCAACUUUCUUUGUUUCUCAGGAUGAUAACAAUUUUGAAACUGAGUUUUUCCCUAAGGAUUCUGAAGCUGAAAGACGUAUUUCUUUCUUUGCCCAAUCCUUAGCUACUCCUAUUCCAGAGCCUUUACCUGUUGAUAACAUGCCUACUUUCACCGUUUUCACUCCUCAUUAUUCCGAAAAGAUCUUGCUUUCCCUAAGAGAGAUUAUUAGGGAAGAUGACCAGUUCUCCAGAGUUACAUUGUUGGAAUACUUGAAGCAAUUGCAUCCUGUUGAAUGGGAAUGUUUUGUUAAGGAUACUAAAAUUUUAGCUGAAGAAACCGUUGCUUUCGAAAAUGAAAAGGAUGACGACGUCAAGCAAGAAAUUGAUGAUUUACCAUUCUACUGUAUUGGUUUCAAGUCUGCUGCACCUGAAUAUACUUUAAGAACAAGAAUCUGGGCUUCUCUUAGAUCUCAAACUCUUUACAGAACUGUUUCGGGUUUUAUGAAUUAUGCUAGAGCAAUCAAGUUGUUAUACCGUGUUGAAAAUCCUGAAAUCGUUCAAAUGUUCGGUGGUAACGCCGAAGGUUUGGAGAGAGAAUUGGAAAGAAUGUCUAGAAGAAAGUUCAAGUUUGUUGUUUCCAUGCAAAGAUUGGCCAAGUUCAAGAAGGAAGAAUUGGAAAAUGCAGAAUUUUUGUUGCGUGCUUAUCCAGAUCUUCAAAUUGCUUACUUGGAUGAAGAACCACCUUUGGAAGAAGGUGGUGAACCAAGAAUUUAUUCCGCUUUAAUUGAUGGUCACUGUGAAAUUAUGCCAAAUGAAAGAAGAAGACCCAAGUUCAGAGUUCAAAUUUCUGGUAACCCAAUUUUGGGUGAUGGUAAAUCUGAUAAUCAAAAUCAUGCUAUCAUUUUCACAAGAGGUGAAUACUUACAAUUGAUUGAUGCUAACCAAGAUAAUUACUUGGAAGAAUGUUUGAAAAUUAGAUCUGUUUUGGCUGAAUUUGAAGAAUUGAAUGUUGAACAAGUUAACCCAUACGCGACUACUUUGGUUAAGGAAGCAGGUAACGUUAAACAUCCUGUCGCCAUUGUCGGUGCCAGAGAAUACAUUUUCUCUGAAAACGCUGGUGUUUUGGGUGAUAUUGCUGCUGGUAAAGAGCAAACUUUCGGUACUUUGUUUUCGAGAACCCUGGCGCAGAUCGGUGGUAAAUUGCAUUAUGGUCACCCAGAUUUCUUGAAUGCUACUUUCAUGUUAACUAGAGGUGGUGUAUCGAAGGCUCAAAAGGGUUUACACUUGAACGAAGAUAUUUACGCCGGUAUGACUGCCCUCUGUAGAGGUGGUAGAAUCAAGCACUGUGAAUAUUAUCAAUGUGGUAAGGGUAGAGAUUUAGGUUUCGGUUCGAUUUUGAAUUUCACAACUAAGAUUGGUGCUGGUAUGGGUGAACAAAUGUUAUCCAGAGAAUACUAUUACUUAGGUACACAGCUACCAUUGGACAGAUUCUUCUCCUUCUACUAUGCUCAUUUGGGUUUCCAUAUCAAUAACUUGUUCAUUUCUUCAUCUUUGCAAAUGUUCAUGUUGACGUUGGUCAAUUUGAACUCCUUGGCCCAUGAAUCUAUCAUGUGUAUUUAUGACAAGAACAAGCCAAUCACAGAUGUCCUGUAUCCAAUAGGUUGUUACAAUUUGGCUCCUGCUGUUGAUUGGAUUAGACGUUAUACCUUAUCCAUUUUCAUUGUCUUCUUCAUUUCCUUCGUCCCAUUACUUGUUCAAGAAUUGAUUGAAAGAGGUAUCUGGAAGAUGGCAUACAGAUUCGCUAAGCACCUUACAUCUUUGUCUCCAUUUUUUGAAGUUUUCGUUGCCCAAAUUUACUCUACUUCCUUGGUCAAUGACGUUUCCAUUGGUGGUGCUAGAUAUAUUGCAACUGGUAGAGGUUUUGCAACUUCGAGAAUUCCGUUCUCUGUUUUGUAUUCAAGAUUUGCUGAGGGUACCAUCUAUGUUGGUGCAAGAUGUGUUAUCAUGUUGCUAUUUGGUACUAUUGCACACUGGCAACCAGCUUUAUUAUGGUUCUGGACCAUUAUUGUUGCAUUGAUGUUUUCACCAUUUAUUUUCAACCCUCAUCAAUUUGCUUGGGAAGAUUACUUUAUUGAUUACAGAGAUUACAUUAGAUGGUUGUCUAGAGGUAAUACGAAAUGGCAUAGAAACUCUUGGAUUGGUUACGUUAGAUUGGCAAGAUCAAGAGUUACCGGUUUCAAGAGGAAGACUAUUGGUGAUGAUUCCGAAAAAGCUGCUGGUGAUGCACCAAGAGCUCAUAGAACCACCAUCAUCAUAUCAGACACAAUUCCAUGUGCCAUCUAUACUGCCGGUUUAUUUGUUGCAUACACUUACAUCAAUGCUCAAACUGGUGUUCGUGAUGCAAAGAUGGUCAAUGCUACUUUGAGAUUGAUUAUUUGUGCAUUGGCACCAAUUGUUAUUGAUAUCGGUAUCUUAUUCGGUUGUCUCGGCUUUUCAUGUUGUUCUGGUCCUCUAUUUGGUAUGUGCUGUAAGAAGACUGGUGCUGUCAUGGCAGGUUUUGCCCACGGUAUUGCUGUUGUCAUCCAUCUAGCAUUUUAUGUUGUGAUGUGGGUCAUGGAAGGUUUCCAUUUCGCUAGAAUGUUGGUCGGUUUAAUCACCAUGAUUUACUGUCAAAGAUUGAUUUUCAAAUGUAUGACCUUGUUCAUGCUAACAAGAGAAUUCAAGAACGAUCAUUCUAAUGUCGCUUUCUGGACUGGUAAAUGGUACGGUUCAGGUUUAGGUCUUGCAGCAUGGACUCAACCAUCAAGAGAGUUCUGUGCCAAGGUUAUCGAAUUGUCUCAUUUUUCAGGUGAUUUCGUUUUAGGUCACGUUGUUCUCUUCUGUCAAUUACCAUUUGUUUGUAUUCCAUAUGUUGAUAGAUGGCACUCAAUGAUGUUGUUCUGGUUGAAGCCAAACAGACAAAUGAGACCACCAAUUUACUCUUUGAAACAGGCAAGAUUAAGAAAGAGAAUGAUCAAGAAGUACUCUGUUUUGUACUAUUCUGUUCUCAUUGCUUUCAUUGCACUAAUUGCGGCACCUGCAGCUAUUGGUUCAUUGAAGACUGUUGAUAUUCAUCCAACAGAAGAAUUCCCACAAUUUGCAACAGGUUUAUUCCAACCAAGACAUCAAGACAAUAAUGAUACUGGUUAUGGUUCUGGAUCUUACCGUCCAAAAUGGACUACGACAAGUUCAUUGGUCACAUUCUCAACCAAAAAGUGA